CAUGAAGCAAAUGUGACCGAGUGUCCAGUCCCCCCGUCUUCUUUCCUUCCUCGGGCCCAUCGAUGCUUUCCCGCACGGUGAUUGGCUAGCAGCGAGUUACCUCAAUUCUGAUUGGCUGAGAGAAGCACCGAAGACAAAGCCAUUUUGUAAACAAACAUUCAGCUGACAGACGCCGGACGGCCGAUCAAUGGCAUCUUUUAGUAUUUUUCUCCUCACUUAAUGGAAGUGUGUUGCAGAGAACAAUUACCUUUACCCAUGACAGAUCAGGGUGAACUUAGUGAUGAUGAAAAAACACACCGUAUUGAUCCCAUUCACAUUGCUGAUAACAUGGAGUUGAAAGUCACGACCGAACCCAACCAAGCCCAGGUUGACCAAAGUGAUGGUGGCUGUGAGGCCGGGGCUCGGGGGUCAAGUAUGGGCCCUGAAGCUGUGAUACAAAGCCCUGGUGGUGAACUUAAUGGACAUAUUAGUGAGAAUACAACUGGGAAAAGUGAUUCGGUCUAUGACUUUGAUCCUGACACUGAGGGGGAAAUGCCCCCUUCUAACUUAGAUGACUCCUCUGAAGCCUCCCCAGAUAAACACAGUGACAGAAGUGAAACAUCUGACAGUAAUGUCAAAAAUGAGCCAGACCUUGAAACUCUCGAUGACUCGGAGAUGGCAGAGGAUGAAUCCGUCUCGGAGUCGUUUGAUGGUCCAGAAUAUCCUCUGGAUAACGAAGAGAGCAUAAGUGACACUUUCGAAGGCAUUCCAAGGCGUGGGAGGGGUCGUCCUAGAGGGAGCAAGAAUAGAGUAGAUGGGAGGGGACGAGGUAGAGGUUUUAAGUUCAGAAGAAUAUCAGAAGAUCGUACCUGCACUGCCUAUGAUCUACGCAACAUUCCAGACCCAUUUGCGAAUCAGCGACGAGGGCGUCCCCGGAGCAGAUUUAUUGUGGAUCUCGGGGAGCAGAACCACGAAGCCUGGACCAAGUCAAAAGAGGAGCUUAAUAUUUCAGACGCAGAACUCACAACUUUAUUGUUAAGUUUAUUAGAAUCCCGACGAGAGUGCAACAACACGGCAGAUUCAGAUACAAUGCUGGGUUUGAUAACCUCUGAAUACAACAAAUGGAAGGAUAAGUUUACGUCGCAAGUGUCGAUGCUGAGUCAUUAUGCUUCCAUACACAAUACCAACUGUUGUACGUGCUUAGGCAUCAAGAAGAAGAAGUAUAUUCCAGCAGGUACAGGGAAGAGAGGUCGGCCAAGGAAGUACCCUCCCCCUGUAGGCUGUGAGUACCGGAAUUCUGGUGGGUUGACUGAAGAGAAUGGUCCUGGCAUGCAGCGUCCAGACACAAUUGAUGAAGAUGGUAAUAUCUUUGAGCCACAGAUAAUUCUAAAAGACGGGAUGGUUGUCAAGAACGAACCUGGGGAUGAACGUAAAGGACUUCAUGCUGGAGAAAAUGGUGCAAACAAUUUAGCAAACACCUCUAAUGGAAAUUCUGGAAUCCAGAUUCUUCCACGCCCAGUUCUUUCAAAGGAAGAACUUGAAAAAAGGAGGGAGUAUUACAAUAAUCAUAAGAACAAGAUAAAAUAUGUUUGUCACUAUUGCCAAGUUCAUUUCUACCACAAACCCAACUUUGAUUUCCACAUUUCAAAGUUAGAAAGUACUGGAAAAUGUAGAAUCUAUGAAAAGGUAAAUAACCUGUACCUUUGUGAGUCCUGUGGGGAGGGGUUCUCAUGGCGGGAGAAACUAGAGAAGCACUUACGUUUAGCUGAACAACAUGGAACGCACAAUCAGAAGGAGUUGCUUAUGUUUGGGGACUUCCAGUGCAAUAUGUGUGGCAAGACAUUUAAUAAACGCACAACAUACCUGCAGCAUAUAAAGUGGCAUGAGGAUCGCGAGGACAUCCCCUGUGUCAUCUGUGGAACCAUGUUCAAACAGACUGAUCUAAGACAUCAUUUGAUGGAAGUCCAUAGUAAUGACAGCCUUCCAUGUUGCUAUUGUGGCAAACUUUUUACAAGUAGGAAGUAUUUAGAAAAGCAUGAGUUAGUUCACCAGGGAGGCAACUUCCCAUGUCCAGAAUGUGGUAAAACAUUCAGUCAAAAGAGUAAUAUGCAGCAACAUCUUAAGACACAUACAUUAGAUAAAGAAUAUUCUUGUGAGCACUGUGGACAAACAUUUAAUCAACGUGCUGGUCUAUGCCAACACUUAAAGAAGCAUUUUGGCCCAACUGAAUUCAACGAUGAAUGUGAAGUAUGUGGUCAAUAUUUCUCUAAUGAUUAUAAUCUUAAAGUGCACAAGAAGAAGAUUCAUAACAUGCAUGUAGAAGGAGUGCCAGAUGAUAUUUCCGACCAUACAGAGUAUCUUUCUUCACCUAUAACAUCACACUUGACACCAGAGGAUCUUCGUGAGAAAGCCUAUGGUGCUGCAAAUUCCACUGUGAAGAACAUGUUAGGAGUGUCUUUGGGGUCAUCAGUUAGUUUAGGCCUGUCUAUGAAACAAGAGGGUAGUACAGAAUCUCUCGAUGAAAGUCAAUUACACAUGAGAGAUAAUUCAAGUCAUUUGAAUGACAUGAGGCAUAUGACUGAUAGACGAGACACUCCUGGUGGCCUCAUGAAAGACACCCUUGAAGCUGAUGAACACAUGAGAAUGACCCAACACCACUCCAUGGCUGUAAAUGAAGACCCCUUACAUAUGCCUCAAGAUCUUACCCGAAUGACAGCUAGCCAAGCACACAUGAGUGAUGAUUCAGGACGCAUGUCUACUGCCCCACAAUCUCCUCUUAUUGCUGCUCCACAGUCUCAUAUGAGUGAUAUGAGAAACUCGGCUACUGACAGUCCAGGACGUAUCACUGAUACCCCUCAUAUGACAGACAACUUGGGUCGUAUGGCAGCUGAAAAUUUUGGACGAAUGACCAGCACACCAGGGGGUUAUUUAGCAGAACACUUGCGUCGUAUGGCAGAAAACCAGAGUCGCAUGUCAGAUUCUAUGUCUCAUUAUGAUGAACGUGAUAAUUAUAGUCGUCUUGGUGACAAUUUGCGAAGUAUGAGUCGAGGAAGUGCUGCAGAUCCCAUGGGUCGCUUAGGAGACAACUUAGGCCGUAUGACAGACAAUCUUAGUCAUAUGGGUGUUAUUCGACCAACACAAACCCCCUCCAGCACACCCCAGUGGCCACCACAUAUGCAAAAUCAUGCAGCAUUAGAUAGCAUGAAUCAGUCUCCCCAAGCUAGCCAGCAUACACUUUAUCCACUGCCAUUCUGGCCCUAUGACCCUUCUCUGCGACAGUAUCAUCACUGAGCACCUGAAGGUUAUACACACACUUAGCAAACAUUCUGACAUACAAGGUCCAGAUGUAUUCAUCAUAUCUAAGGCAUGAUCAAGAAGUUCCAUCACACUUCUAAAAGUUAGGAGAAGCUAUUUUUCUUAUUUUUUUAAUUAGUCAAGUCUGUUGGCUUAUUUUAAUCUUCAUGUAGAAGAUGUGAUGUUAUGAUUGAAGGUUCCUACGAUGCUAGACAUUAAAAUUUGUGUAGUACAAUUAUGAAUUUUCUGUGGUAGCUGUAGUUUAUAGUAGCUGUCCAGAUUUCUGAACAUUAAUUGCUUGGUAGUGUAUCCAUAUGGAGGAUUAAAAGUUGUAGUAAACUUAUUUUAGAUUACCAUACAAUGCGUAUACUGGCCAUGUGUAGUGCUUAAUGUAUGCUGUCAAGUCUAGCUUCCAAUCUUUAGAUAUGCCUUUUUUCAGGUUUUAUGAAGAACCGUCAUUUUUCAUUUCAGAUGGUAUGCAAAUAUUUAUAGAAAUUGACAGCUAUCUUUCUUUGUGAUAAAAAGAUAUUGUGCUCUCUAGUUUCUUAAUUAUGAAUAGAUGCAAAAGAAACCAGAUGUGGGUUCUUUUUAAUUAUUGAGUACAGGGCAUUGUCAAAAAAUGUACUUACCACAUAUAUUUUCAAUUUGGAAUUUGUUUUUUAAUUCAUUAGAUUGGUUUUAUUAUAGCCAAAAGUUUUAUUAUUAUUAUUAUUUUUAUUGUUGAUACCUGUACAGGGCACAUUAAGGUCUCGCAGUGGUCCAAUCUAUACAGGGUAAAAAAAAAUCUGAAAAUAACAAUAAUUUGGGGCAUUUGCUCUUAAGGGUUGCAAGGUUGUCUGUAACCAUUAACUUGGCCAACAAAUACCCACAUGAUAAUUUUUGUGUAGGUUAUGGGAUAUACUGUAAAUAUACUGUAUAUGUAUACUCAAUAAUUCACAAGACAGCAUCUGGGAUCAAGUGUUAGAUCUUUUAUAUGGCUUAAUAUGUGAUGCAUCUUUAAAUGCCAUUGCCAUGUUUCAGGACUUUUUCUUCUUUUUUUUUCAUACUUCCUGAGCACUUAAAAUUUACCAUGUAAUAUGGAAAUUAAUACUGUAUAUGUAAAUGUAUUUGAAUGCUACCAUUGAGAAACUGUUCUUAGUGUGAUGAGCAUUGUGAAUAAGGCUGCCAGUGAUGGUGCAAAGAAACACACUUGUAGGUGGAAGCUGAGAAUUAUGGAAUAUUGUAUCUUGAGUCUUUCUUUUGAAAUGAAAAGUAAGCUUUUGAGUGACAGUGAGAUUAGUCCUGAACUGUUAGAAGUCCUUGAAAUGUAUAGUGAGGAGACAUGUACCAUUCUUGCCAGGUGAACUAGUAACUAGUAAUAGCUUACUAGUAGGGCUGCUAAGGUGUAUAUUUACCCACAUGCUCUUUUGCAGUGCUUUUUGAAAUAGCAUGUACCAAAUAUCUAUCCAAACUUCCUUGGAUUACAGCCCUUAUCACCUUGUAACCGUCUUUCCAAGAGAUUCUUGAGUAGUAGGGACAACACUGCUUUAUGGAUGUCACUCUACUAUAUGAACAGGUAAGAAGAUAUUGUUAACAGAGUAUCAUAAUUAGUUAUAUAAUUCAGCCCCUUCCACAGGUAUAUCAUAUUGCAAAUAGCAUAUCAUAAUGAGCUGUAAUUCAGGAAUUUUAAGAGCUUUGAAUUGUCCAAAACUUAUUUGGUUGAGAAUUUUCUCUGUGGUUUAUGAAAAGGAAUCAGGUACAGUAUUUGAGUUAUUGGGAAUCAUGCAUUGGAUAUUAUGUUGCACAUAGUGUAUGUAUUUAAUAACGAGAAGUGAAGUCAGUAAGAACUAAAAAUAAUUAAUUCAGAGUAACUUAAGUUGUUUUCUUCUUCACAAGCUAUUGUUGCACUUAGUGCAUACUUCUGUUUGGACAUAAUAAUAUUUGAAUUGAGAAAUACUUCAUACAAUGGAUUGAUUGAUUGAUUGUCUCUGACUUUGCCAUGGGAUUUGUCAAGCACUGUACAUAUUUUAUUUUCAUAUAUUUUAUUAAAGAUAUAUCAUAAGGAGACAGAAUAUUCCAUGUGAUGGGGCAGAAGUUUGUAGUUUGUUGAGUUAUAAAUAUCCUUUUUAUAACUAAAUAGAAAUUAUUAUUUGUUAUUUUUAGUCUCACAUUUAUAGUAAGUUUACAACUUCACACAUGUAGUUGUGUUAAAUGAAUAGGCUGUUGGAUCACGACUGCCUGUGUUUGACUGACACUGGUAUAUUCUUAUUAUUUUUGAUCCGUGAUAAAGCACGAGGGAACUGAGUAGUUAAAUAUUAUGCUUAUUGAUCUGAUGGUAACUAAUUUAUGAUUAAAUUGGCAUGAAACUAUGAAGACAAUUUUUCACAGUUGUUUUUUAAGUACUCAACAACUCUCAUUGUACUUAACCCAGAUCAGGAAAGUUGUACCUUUCUUUAGUGGUGAUGUCUUACAAAAUAAUUUUAGAUCUUUAUAAUGUUUUAUUAUAUUUUGUGCUAUAUACAACAGAUGAUAUAAAUAUUUGAAUUUCCUCUAUAUCAUAAUUAUGUAGUUUAAGAUUUAUCAUUUCCCUUUUGGGAAAGGUACUAAUCGAACUUGAAUCUCUGUGGCAUAUUUCCCCUGUUUGCUCUUAAGAGUUUUUAUUUGUUGUUCGCAUUGUGAUGUGUGAUGGACUAAGAGUAAGGAUAAAGUCUAGAGCCAGUUUAGUGCCCAGUGAGUGACUUUGAAAAGGCUGUUGUAGUUUUUGUGAACUAAUUAUUAAGGUCUUGUAAUCAAUAAAUUUAUACUUUUAUUAAAUUAGUAUGUUGAGAGUACAAUGAAGAAUUGGGGAUGGAUAGUAAAGUGAUAUAUGUACUAUUUCUUUAAUCAUGGCAUUACAUGAAAUCAUAUGCUUAAGUAUUUUAUUUAAUAUAUUUUUUAUAUUUUUUUUUCUAGUUCUUGAGUCUAGAUAUUAAUCGUAGACUGUUGGCUUUCAACUUGUUUUUAAGUCGUUAGUUUUUAAUGCAAUAUUUUAACUAAAUGAUGUAAGGAGGAUAGCCUUCUUGGUGGUAGUUUUGAAUGACAUGAUGUAAUGCUACUUUGUGAAAUAUGUCAUUUGUGAUCUUUUGUGUAGAAAUAUAAUGUGAAAGUGAAUUGUGGUGUUAACGGAUGGUUUGCAUAGGGUCUCCCAGUUAUUCUUCUUAAAUAUGGAACUAGGGAACCCUGACAUCCCAAUAAAAUGUUUUUUAUAGAACAUGAAAGGUUGAUUUGAGAAUGUCGUGUUUUAAAUACAGUAUAUAUGUAAUUGUUCAUCUCUUUAUUUUUUGUAUCUUUUUGUAUCUUUUGGUAGGAUGUGUGGGUAAAAAUGCUUCCCAUGGAUUAUGGCCUUAGGUGUUAGAAAUUAAGUGUGUUGUGAGGAGAGCUGCUUAGAAAGAUUUUGUAUCUGUAAAAACCUGAAUGUCUGGGUGAGAAGGAUGUGUGAAAAAGUUUUUUUUACAUAUAUAUCUGUUGGUAUGGUUUGUACAUCUCCAGAGGGUGCGAUAUUAGGUUAGUGCAAUAUUAAUAAAUGCAAAAAUUUUGAAAUUUCUGUCCAAUGAAUACAGGCCCUAAUUAUAUCAUUAUAAAUGUGAAGGGUGAUCAUUAUUGAUGAUUCUCAGAAAUGGAACUUCAAAACUAAUACCUCAGUAUUUGAGGAAGUGAGAAUCCCUUUGAAGUACCAGUGAGGUUCAGAAGUGAUGAUUGUAAGUUUGUAGCCAAUUCAUAUGAAGCUGUGACAAAUUGUGAUGGUUAGAUAAAUGAAGUUCCUGAAAUUAGUCAGAUUAAGGCAGGUGAUGUGAUGUGUCAAUUGGUAUUUUUAAUCAUAAGUCUUCUCACCUGCCUAAAGUGUAUGUUAAUGAACUGAAGUUGUUCAUAUAAUGUGCCAUUCAGUGCUUUCACAAGGCAUUGGCUCUUUUGGGGCAAGACGUCAAAGUUCCUAUGCAUGAUAGAUUCUGAAGUUAUUUUAAGGUCUGUAAAUUUGUUUUUUAUGCAAUUUUUGUGACAAAAUGGACUGACUUUCAAUACCAUAGAAGUUGGAGUGGAGUGACAUACACUACAGUACAUUAUAGGCUUCCCAAGUUAUGCAGCUGAAAAUGAGGAUACUGAAACAAGAUAUGCAUUAAGUUGUGAGUCUUAGCUGGAACAUGCACGUAUAUAUGGAGUUUCGGCUAGACCUGGUCAUACUGCCCACUGUGCCAUCCAGAGGUGAGAGUUAGUUAAUGAAAUGUUUACAUCAGGCUGUAUGGAAUAUAAAACACUUUUGCAUUCAAUUACAGAGCAAAUAGUUUGUUUCUUUGCUAUUUAGGGAAAACGGGGAUUACUUUCUCAUUUUGCAUCCCUUGUUAGCUGUGUUACAUCAGUCUGUAGCCUGACUUUGGAUAGUAUGUUAUGUGUCAGGCUUGCAGUCUUCUUAGAUUUCAGCAUACUGUGCAGUAUUUUGCUACAAUGUGCAGUUAAUCAUAUUAAUUUUGCCAAGACAGUUUAGAAUGUGUUGCAGUUAGUAAAAGUUGGUUCAAUUUUGCCUUGCUAACACCUGUAUUAUUUCUUAUACAGUGUAUAAUGUAUUCAAUAACCAACUACAGUGUCACAGAAAGUAUUUGCUUCCAGAACACCUGAGUUUUUGUGCUUUUUACUCUUUGAUUUAACUUUUAAGAUAAUUUUUCUUCUAAACAAGCAUUGGAUUUCAUGCAGAUAUUAGAUUCCAUCACUCUUGAUUUCAGCAUUUCAUUAACUGGUAUUUUUACCUUUAGACGACACCACUGUCCUUGUACAGUUAACUUUGUACCUUUUUAACAGUAUACUGUUUUGUGUUGAUCAAGUUUUUCUCAUUAUGCUGAGGCAAUUUUAAGCAGUGAUGUAAGCUUAUGCAGUUUGUGUGUACAAUAUCUCAUUUGAUUGUUUACAAGUUUUGUUUUUAUAGAUAUUUAUUUGGCAUUUUUCAUUUUCUCGUGUUGAACAGAAUCCAUUACCAGAUGUUGUUGACUGUGAAUUCUUUAUUAUGGGCACUUUGUUAUAAUAUCUUACACCCAAGUUUAACAGACUACACAUUUUCUCUUCAUUUGUCAUUCAUUCCUAAAUGAAUACAUCUGCAGAUGGAAAAUACAGUAGGAAUAAUAAUAAUAAUUAAACAAGGCAUUUUUUAAAUAAUGAGAGAAUUAUGAUAUACACAUUUCAUACCCUAAUUUUUUAAAGUACAUAUAUCCCCUAGAGACCCAUCUAUGAUGUAAUGUAAAUGCAAAAUUCAGUCAGAGAUUUAGGUAGUUCAAGUUCUUCCAUUGUUUACUUGGCCAUGGUCACAUUGUAUAUAUGUCAUAAAAGCUUAGUUAAAUAUUUUUGUAAUUAGAUUACAGUUUCCAAUCUGAAAAUGAGAUUAAUUAAAUGAACUUCAGUGAGAUGUGAACAGUGAAGAACUCUGAAUUAUAUAGAUCACCGUAUUUAUAGGCAAAAAGUCAUAACUGGGUUUAGUACCAAUCUCUUGGGGAUGUUAUAUUGAGGCCCAUGUGCAUCUCUGUCUAGUCACCAAAAUUUGUGUGCAUAUUUAUAUAUCUCAUUUUGAUGUGUCUUCUUGUAACCAUAAUUUGUUUUCACAUGUCUUUUAUAUUUAUAUUUUUGCUUACCACAAGUUAGUGUUUAGAGUAUGAAGGACUUGUUUUACACAAAUAGCCCAAACCUGCAUUAUUUGUAGUUAAAUCAACUAUAAUAUGAAUUAUAACAGGAUAGAAUAUUACUUUCCUGACAAGGUGUACUUCCUUACAAUGUGGUGUGUCUUAGGAUGUUUAUAGAACAUUAUGUAACCAUGAAAUAAACAGAUCAUAAAUGUCAA